CUGAAGGGGCGGGGCCGGAAGCGGCGGCUCGGCCGAAUUCGGCGGCGCCACGUCUGUGUGGGGGCUCUCCUCCCUGCCCGGGGCGGCGGCGGUGGGAGCAGCGGGCGGAGCGCGGCCGGACUCUCGCUUCUCCCUCAGCGGCCGGUUGGUAGCGAGGCCUCGGCGGCGGCCGGGCGCGGCGCCGGUGACAUGUCGGACCUGGGGGACUGGUUCCGGAGCAUCCCGCUGAUCACCCGCUACUGGUUCGCCGGCUCCAUCGCGCUGCCGCUCAUCGGCAAGCUGGGCCUCGUCAGCCCCGUCUACCUCUUCCUCUGGCCCGACGCCUUCAUAAACCGCUUCCAGAUCUGGAGACCGAUAACUGCAACUUUCUUCUUCCCAGUGGGACCUGGAACAGGAUUUCUCUACUUGGUGAAUUUGUAUUUCUUGUAUCAAUACUCAUCACGAUUAGAAACAGGGGCUUUUGAUGGAAGGCCAGCAGAUUACAUGUUCAUGCUCCUGUUUAACUGGAUCUGCAUUGUUAUAACUGGCUUGGCAAUGGACAUGCAGUUGCUGAUGAUUCCACUCAUCAUGUCAGUACUUUACGUGUGGGCCCAGCUGAACAGAGAGAUGAUUGUAUCGUUUUGGCUUGGAACAAGAUUUAAGGCCUGUUACCUUCCGUGGGUCAUUCUGGUAUUCAACUACAUCAUCGGUGGAUCAGUCAUCAAUGAGCUGAUAGGAAAUCUGGUUGGACACCUGUAUUUCUUCUUAAUGUUUAAAUAUCCAAUGGAUUUGGGAGGAAGGAAUUUUCUGUCCACACCUCAGUUCCUGUACCGCUGGCUGCCAAAUAGGAGAGGAGGAGUGUCGGGGUUUGGUGUCCCACCUGCCAGCAUGAGAAGAGCCGCAGAAGAACAGCGAGGUGGUGGAAGACACAACUGGGGCCAAGGUUUCCGGCUGGGUGACCAGUGAAGAACUCCUGCCCUUGGAAAAGAGCAACUCUCUGCUUUCAAUUGGAUGUAUGACCGACCCUUCCUGCUGCAGAGCAUGCUUAAGAACUGAGCUCUCUGUAGUACUGUUGGAUUUAACUGAUUAGAAAGAAUUUUUCUGCUUCAAGAGAAAAUUAAAAGCUCCAGAAGGGAAAAAUGUAGAUCUUGCUCCAGGUUAGCCAGUAGUGUCCAAUCUGAUUCUGCCAUUAAAAAAAGACUUCUCUAUACAGUAUUGUCUGUCUGUCGCAGUGGACAUCCAUUAUGCCGCCUUGUUCUGUGAUGUGAUGGGACAAGGUAAUGGUUUCUGUCUCACCUGGUACGUUAAAAGCUUUGUUGUCCGUGGUAAGGUAAGAAUUCAGUGUGAGAUGGAUGGAUCAAGCUAAGCCCAAAGUUAGGAAGCUGACUUUUUCCAUAGCUGUGCUUAAGUCGCAGGGUCUUUGGAAACAUCAUUUGAUAUCUCUCUGCUGCACUCAUAAAGCAAAGGGCAGAUGUUUAAUUUCCAUUAUUAAGCUAUGUUUUGACAGGAGCUUUUUCUUACCAUGCAGCAUUUGUCCUCCCUGCUACAGCACGGGAUGGGCAAGACUGAGGAUAAGAGGGUUUUAAUUUGAAAUGGCAAUAACAGAUACUUACAGAAUUGAAAUCUCUGGACUUGUCAUGGCGUAUUACAAGGCUUGCUCUGAUAAAGCUGAAGUUGUCUGGCUUGGGGUUUGUUUGUUUGUUUCCCCCCAAGAUCUGUGAAUUCUUGUCUUCAAGGUUUCUAUUUUGAUUGCAAAAUUGGGUAGCACAAAUACUACUUAAACUAGCAAAUAUAACAUAUUGUGAUUAAUGUAAAGGAUACUGACUGCAGCAUUGUUUAACUGAUCUUCAUCUUUCUCUUAAAAGCUUUAAGAUGUCAAGGAAUCAAAGCUGGAAAUAAACUUUUCCAGGAUCAAGAUACAAUAGACCAGAUUGCUUUACUACAGGACUCUUUCAUUGUCAAAUAAGAAAUUAUAUACACUGUUUGUUAGUAUCUGUACAUUUUUGGUAAAACUUUUUUGACACAGAGAAGGAAAUGAUUCUGUACAGUAGUUUUCCUCGUACUGGGUUCCCGUGGGCAGAGCACAGGGCUAAGAUGUGGGAAGCUGUAACGCUACUGACUCACCGCAUGGACUUGAGCAAACUUCUUAUCUCAGUUUUCCCAGCUGUCAGGAGGAUUCAUAGUUGUUUCACAGCACUUCCCAGAGGUAUAAUAGCUGUCCCCAACUCCCCUAGGUGGGAGCUGCUAGCGAGCGAGGUGAGGCUUAGGCCACAUAAAUGAAAACACUUAAGCUAGGAACACAAUUACUCUAGGCUUAACCAAGGGUUCUAAGUUGGAAUAUAGUUGCUCCCUUUUCAUUUUAUAGUUGGAGGAAGAAGAGCACCAUCACUAGGAUGAGAUUCGAGUCUUUGAAUUACCCUUUAGCUUUUAUCUAUCUUUUUACUGGGUAGAUAGGGCACAGAAGGCUGUCCUGCCCUAGCUUAGGUAUCUCAGGUAUAUCUAUAAGUAGAUGAAGUGAAUCUGGGCAAAGCAUUUUUAUUACUACUUUGUUUCUUCACUAAACCUGGGUUCUGAAGGUUUAAAACUUGUAAAUACUAAAUGAUGUGAAACUUGGGGGGAAAAUAAGCAGUCAGACUGGAAGUUUUCAGCUGGCUUGCUUGAAAAAGACACGUGCUCCGUUUCUUCACUGCAACUCAAUUUUGUCGAUCUGGCUUGCGGAAAAAUGUAGAAAACUGGUUAUGAUCAUAUUGUGCGUUUAGGUUUUACAAGAACUUGAGUUCAGAAAUCACCGGCCAUUUUUGUCCAGUGAUGAGUUUUAAAGAUGCUCUUGUCUUUUUUGUAUAAAAUGGUAGGUAGAAAAGAGGACUGCAGUGCUGUAAAUACUAAUGUCAUUGACCGACAGCUGUUCUUUGAUGCAAACUUGAAAAGUCUGAGAACCAUCAUUUUUAUAGGAGUCAGGAUGCAGCUGGUCUUUUUAGUCAUAGUAAUAUCGCUGUCUCCAAAGCGUUUGUCUUAAUUUUGAGCCAGGACCUAACUGUUAAGUGAAGACGCAAUGGUUUGCGACUCAGCUAAAUCCUCGACACAUUCAAACUGCAGCACGUGUUGCACAGAAGGCCAGGAGGAAGGUUUAGGUGGGAGGAAGGAUGGCAGAAGUCAUUGUCCUGGCCCACUGCACUGUGCUGGUCUUGCUUUCUAGUCCAUCCUCCUCCUCUAAAUUAAGAGGAAAAGGUUUGCAAGGAGAAGAGACUUCUGAUAAGUCUUGAUUAGCUUGUGAACUGCUUCAAGUCAAUUUACUUUGGUUUAUGAAAAAUUCACUUCAGAAUUCCAUAUUACGAGCUCAGUUUGUUCAUUUUUCACUUGUUGCUCGACUUGAAGCACUGUUUGUCCUCCAGUGUACACUGACAAUGGCCGUCUCAUGUUAAAUGGGUACCUCAUUUCUUAUUUUGUACAGAUAAUUUCCCUUUUUGUAAUCAAUUUUUUUGUUGGCAAAGUUUUAAAUUAAAGUUUUAAUCUCUG